UUGUCGGCAUGGUGGCACAGCUGGAAAGCAUUGGCCUCACAGUUCUGAGGACCCGGGUUCAACCCGGGACCCUACCUGUGUGGAAUUUGGAAUUGGACCCUCUAAAGUGCCCCUAGGUGUGACUGUGAGUGCGGCUGUUUGUCUCGAUGUGCCCUGCGAUUGGCUGGUAACCACUUCAGGGUGUACCCUGGGAUAGACUCCAUCACUCCCGUGACCUUUGUGAAGAUAAUGGAUGGAUAGUUAUUUUGUUUGUACUCAAACAUAGUCAACAACUGACAUUGUUUUUUUUUUUUUUAGUUUAGCACUCGAAGUACUUUUAUUUUGAAAUAAUCUUAAUAUGCGUACAUGUAGACGAUGGGAUCACACAACAAGCUUAUCUGUUUUUCGCAUUAGUGGGCGAGAAUGGAAAUCUUCCUGGCUUCUUGUUUGCUAUCCCCCCCCCCAUGUACAGUAGAACAUCCAAUCGUCAACAGCUGAAUACACACGAGGAGGGACAAGAAAAAAAAAAAACACUGAAGCAAGUGGAAAAUGUGCUACUUGGAGCACUAUUGGAUCCAUGUUUUUUUAUUAUUUUUUUUUUUAUUACGGAACUAAACGGUAAAUCAGCGAUGGCCCCGCCUUCCCUGGCACACACACUCACACACACACACACACACACACCACACACACACACACACACUUCAGCUUUACCCCCAGUCAGUCUGAGUUUGGUUUUACAAGGCGGGAUGCCCCCGAUAGGACCCCAAGUGACAGGACCGCACCAAGUGGCCUCGGCCCAAUGACAAUUCAGGGUAAAAAUUUUUAAAUAUUUGUGCAAGUUUUUCUGUAGCUUUUUCUGCAUGUUAUGUGCAACUUAGUAUGUAAAAAAAUGCAUUUGUUACCAGAGUAAUCUUGACACUGCUCAUUUGCAUUCAUGCAUGUAAAGCGUCACGUCAUAUCAGCAAAUACAGUACCGAAUAUCAAAUGUGAAAAUGUACUGUUCGGGCGCGGUCAGUCGGAAUUUGACUUAAUCGUGCGCAUCUUGUGAAUGAGUUUGAAUUGUGCCCCCCCCCCCCGUACGGGUGAGGAGGAUGGAGGCGUGCAAGUUGAGCGGACUCGUGUGGAUCCUCCUCCUGCUCUGGGCUCGACCGCACAGGACCGCUGCCCAGAGGCGCAACGGACGCAGGAACAAUUACAAGCUGUACCAAGAUGGAGCGAGUGCUCACCCGUGCUCCCUGGAGGUGGUCUUCAUCCUGGACAGCUCCGAAAGCGCCAAAAUCUUCCUGUUUGAGAAGCAGAAGGCCUUCGUGCUGGGCUUCAGCACACGUCUGUCCAUGCUGCAGGUCGCCGGCUGGACGCUGAGCGUGCGAAUGGCCGCCCUGCAGUACAGCAGCUCCGUGUCCGUGGAGCAGCGCUUCUCGGCGUGGACCAACCUGGACGCCUUCCACGGCCGAAUCAGCGUCAUGAGCUACAUCGGCCACGGCACGUACACAACGUACGCCAUCGGAAAUGCCACCGAGCUCCUGGCGAACGAGACCCCGGAGGACGCCGUGCGCGUGGCCGUGCUGAUGACGGACGGCGCGGACCAUCCGCGGAACCCGGACGUGGUCGCGGCCGCCGCCCAGGCCAGGAACCACGGCGUGAUAAUGUUUGCGGUGGGGCUAUCCGACAUCGCCCGCCAGGGCACCAACAGCGCCAAGCUGAGGGCCGUCGCCAGCGCGCCCGCUCAGCAGUUUGUGCACAGCCUCCAAGACCCCCAGCUGGAACAGAAGCUGCUCAAAGAGAUGGGCGCAGUCGUAUUACAAGAGUGCCCCGAAGCUCAGGUGUGUCUGUGUGAAAGAGGAGAGCCAGGCCCGGCAGGAGCCCAGGGGCGAAAAGGAGAUCCGGGUUUCCGAGGGCCGCCUGGUCCCAAAGGAACCAGGGGGGAGCCCGGCGUGGCCGGUCGACCAGGGAGCGACGGACGGGAGGGACGUUCGGGUUUCAAGGGCAGCAAGGGGGAGAGAGGAGACUGUGGGCCUCCCGGCGAGAAAGGAGACCCGGGUUUGCAUGGGCCUCUCGGACCACAAGGACCAAAGGGAAAACAGGGCGAAAUUGGACCACCUGGAGACGUCGGCCCCGAGGGACGAGCGGGACAAAAAGGUGACAGAGGACCAAGCGGUAAUACUGGACCACCAGGGGACUUUGGGAUCGGAUUCCCAGGAGCCAAGGGGGAAAAAGGCAACCAGGGAAGACCAGGACCGACUGGUCCAGUCGGUAUCGGAGAACCAGGAAUACCAGGUCCCGUGGGACCACCUGGAAGUCAAGGAAACCCGGGACCGCCUGGAGAGGGACAGCCAGGACCCAAGGGGGAUCGAGGAUUCGAAGGACCCCGGGGGAAUCGUGGGCUGCCUGGCAUCGGGUCGAAAGGUGACAAGGGGAGCUUCGGCCCACCCGGGUUGCCAGGUCAAGCUGGAGCUUCUGGUGUCGGAAUCCAAGGAGAAAAGGGUGAUCAAGGUCAGCCUGGCCCCGUAGGGCCCAGAGGAGGUCCAGGUGUGGGAAUACCCGGACCUAAGGGAAAUCAGGGGUUCUCUGGAGAACAAGGACCACCCGGUGAGAGAGGUCUAGGAGUGCCAGGUCCAAAAGGAGACGUGGGGGCCGAGGGCCCGCCAGGUAUACCCGGCCAACCGGGAGAGGACGGGACCCCUGGACAAAAAGGUGACAUCGGGUUUCCGGGGCCCAGGGGACCAGAUGGCAGUCCUGGUAAAGGGGCCCCUGGAGAGAAGGGAGUCAGAGGGGACCGAGGUUCCAGGGGGCAGCCAGGCGCUAUUGGUCCCGUUGGCCCAGCGGGAGCAAAGGGGGAUCCAGGAUUUAUCGGGCCACCUGGUGCGCCUGGACAACCAGGGAGGGGGUUACCAGGUGCCAAGGGAGAUCCGGGCCCACAAGGUCUCGCUGGAGCUGUAGGUGAGCCGGGUCGUGGUAUCACUGGACCAAAGGGUGACAGAGGUCCACCAGGGUCUUCCGGGUUCCCUGGAAGUAAAGGUGAAGGCUUUCCGGGCCCAUCGGGUCCUCCGGGACGUCCUGGCUUGACGGGAGAGACUGGAGCAGAUGGCGUAGGCCUACCUGGAGCAAAGGGAGACAGAGGCUUACCUGGACCUUCUGGACCUGCAGGACGACCAGGAAUUGGACUCCAAGGGCCAAAGGGUUCCAUUGGCGCGAUAGGACCUCAGGGUCCCCAGGGUCCCCCAGGAGAGGGCAUCCAAGGACAAAAGGGGGAGCCUGGAUUUCAGGGGAUCCCUGGCGCUAGGGGUCCUGCUGGAGUCGGACUACAGGGUGAUAAGGGUGACCGAGGAUUCGCUGGUGAGAAAGGGAAAAAGGGAGAUAGAGGGACGGCUGGAGAACCAGGAGUUACCGGACCUUCGGGUAGAGUCGGACAAAAAGGAGAACCUGGUCUUACGAGGGAAGAAAUCAUCAAAAUUGUGCGGUCCAUUUGCAAUUGCGGGGUGACAUGCCGCCAGAGCCCCCUGGAGUUAGUCUUCGUCAUUGACAGCUCAGAAAGUGUGGGACCAGACAACUUCGAAGUGGUCAAGGACUUCGUGAGUGCCCUGGUGGACCGGGCUUCGGUUGGCCAGGACACCACCAGGGUGGGCGUAGUGCUCUACAGUCACAUCAAUGUAGUUGUGGUCAGCCUCAACCAGGAUGCGUCACGAGACCAGGUGAAGGCGGCGGUCCGCUCAAUGACCUACCUGGGCGAGGGUACUUUCACGGGCAGUGCGGUCCACCAGGCCAGCACGUUGUUCCGGGCGGCCCGGCCGGGCGUCAGGAAGGUGGCCGUGGUCAUCACUGACGGACAGGCCGACAAGAGGGAUUCGGUCAGUCUAGAGAGUGCAGUGAGGGAGACUCGGGCGGCUGACAUCGAGAUGUUCGUGAUCGGCGUUGUGAAUACGAGCGAGCCGCUUUUUGGAGAGUUCAAGAAGGAGCUGGAUUUCAUGGCCUCAGAACCCGACAUAGAACACGUGUACCUCAUCAGCGACUUCAAAACGCUCCCAGCCCUGGAGAACAAACUCCUGAGUAAGAUUUGCGAGGACAGCACCGGCGUUCUUUUCAGCUCACUCCCAAAUGGCAGACUCCCUCUGGGACACCCCGACGGCUCAGGUAGCGACGUCCGGCGGCCUCCCUGGACCAGAACUGACACGGACAAGCCCACGAUCACGGGAGACUCUCACCGGGUUCAGAUGACACCCCGCCCACGAGAAGCUCAUCCCGAAAGACGAGCGACCACUCCGAGACCGAAAGCGGACGACCGGAGCCCGUCGGGGACGCAGAGGAUUCAGUCCUUUGACAAAACCCUUUUGAGGCCGGACGGCCAGACCCCCACCCGGCACUCGACCAGGGCGGGGGUCAACGGGCCUACCGGUCCCACCAUCAAGACGGCGCUUUCAGCGCCACAGGUCACCCCCGAGCUUUGCAACGCGCCACUGGACCCGGGUCCGUGCCGGGACUACGUGGUCCGCUGGUACUACGACGCCGAGGCCAACGCCUGCGCUCAGUUCUGGUUCGGAGGUUGCCACGGUAACGCCAACCAGUUUGACAGCGAGAAGAGAUGCAAACAAACCUGCGUCCGCUUCUAAAACCUCAACGGAUUACAGACGUGAUAUCAUCAUCAUCAUCAUCAUCAUAAUCUUCAUUGCAAAGUUGCUUUUGUGUAUUAAAAAAAAAAGCGUGACUUUCAUAACAUUGGAAUUACUGUACUACCAAAGAGGAGAAAAAUUGUAACGUUACUUCUGUACUUGAAUACUUUUAAACACUAACUUUUUAUAUUUUUGUAAUGUUUCUUUAAAUCUGUGUAAUGGCAUGAAUAAAACUUAUUUUUUAAUCACUGUUGUCACACUGUGAUAAAAAAGCAAAUCAUAAUUAUAUAUUUUUUUAAUUAAUAAAUAAAGGUGGGUGAAGGAUUCCAUGUCAUAACAUUUUAAAUAAUAUAUGGAUUAGGAAUUUACUGUACAUUACAAUAAAUUCAUAUCAUUUUUAGACUCAUCCUCGUGAUGGCGUUAUAUCCAAUACAAAAGAACAAUUAUUAAUCAUUAAUAAGCAAUAACUGUUUUUCCAUUUUAAUUAAAACCUAACUAUAGUAACUUCAUGUUGGCCCGAAAAAAAAAUGUAAUGAUAAAGCUACAAUGGCACCACGAAAAACUGUGGAUGAGCAAAGAAAAAUUAUUUUAAAUUUAUAAUUGACUGAAUAUAAAUUUAAGGCACUGGAAUGGAAAAUCCAUUCAUAUUUAAAAUAUUAAUUACAAAUAUAUUUUCAAAAUUAUAUACAGUAAAUCCAAAUUGAGUCACGAUGGAUAAGAGUUCUGCUCGGAUAUUUUCAUACUUUUUAAUGAAAAAAUAAGUGAUAUGU